AUUCUGGGCUUGAGGAAUCUGGUUAGAAAGUUUGGCUGCUAGGUUAAAUCAGAGUGUAUUUUGGAUCCGGCAUUGGCCAUUGGUAAUUGGAUUCUGGAUUCAUUUUAUGUAACUUGCAGACGAACUUUCGGCUAGAUAUUCCUUGUCUCUGCUCAGAUAAUCUUUAGAUAUGUCUACGAGAAAAUCAGGUGGUUCAAAGAAUACAUCGGCGGUCCUGAAGGCCGCCGCAGCCAAUACAAUCAUCGAAUCAGAAAAAAACACUUAUGUUAGACACAUAAACAUUUAUCUUGCCGAUGAUCCAUUUUUAAAGCAUUUUCUUCCAAUUGAUCCAGCUACCAAUGACCUUUUCGAACUUGCAAAAGAUGGAGUACUUUUAUGUAAGCUUAUAAAUAUUGCUGUGCCUGGAACAAUAGAUGAACGAGCUAUUAACACGAAAAAGGUACUUAACCUAUGGGAGAGGAACGAGAACCAUACCCUUGGUCUCAACUCUGCAAAGGCUAUUGGCUGCACCGUGGUAAACAUUGGCACCCAGGAUUUAGUUGAAGGAAGGCCUACCCUCUUGCUCGGUUUGAUCGCUCAAAUUAUAAAGAUUCAACUGUUGGCAGAUCUCAACCUUAAGAAGACACCUCAGCUCAUAGAAGUGCUGGAGGAUGGCAAUGGAGAUAUUGAGGAACUUAUGGGGUUAUCUCCUGAGAAGGUUCUACUAAGAUGGAUGAAUUACCAUUUAAAGAAAGGGGGCUAUGAGAAAACUGUUACAAACUUUUAUUCAGAUCUCAAGGAUGGAAAAGCUUAUGCUUACCUGCUUAAUGUACUAGCACCGGAGUUCUGCAAUCCAUUGACCCUUGAUACGGUGGAUCCUACCGAAAGGGCUACACUGGUACUUGACCAUGCAGAGAAAAUGGGAUGUAAACGAUAUUUAAACCCGCAGGACAUUGUUGAGGGCUCAUCAAACUUGAAUCUUGCAUUUUUAGCUCAAAUCUUUCAUCAAAGGAAUGGCCUGAGUUUAGACGGCAAAAAGCUUUCUUUUGCAGAAAGGAUGACAGAUGAUGUGCAACUUUCGAGAGACGAGAGAUGUUUCCGACUAUGGAUGAACAGUCUUGGAAUCGAAACUUAUGUUAAUAAUCUCUUUGAGGAUGUUAGAAAUGGAUGGGUACUUCUAGAGGUGCUUGAUAAGGUUGCUCCUGGUUCAGUCAACUGGAAGCAUGCAACGAAACCUCCAAUUAGGUUUCCGUUUAGAAAGGUGGAGAAUUGCAACCAAGUCGUAAUGAUCGGGGAGAUGUUGAGAUUUUCCAUUGUGAAUCUUGGCGGAAAUGAUAUAGUGGAAGGAAAUAAAAAACUUAUUGUCGCUUUCCUCUGGCAACUGAUGAGGUACAACAUGCUUCAAGUUUUGAAGAGCUUGAGAGCUCGCUCCCGAGGGAAAGAGAUAACUGAUUCAUAUAUCAUGACUUGGGCAAACAGGAAAGUUAAAAGCACUGGACGAUCCCGUAAAAUAGAAAGCUUCAAGGAUAAGAGCCUCUCGUCUGGACUGUUCUUCCUUGAACUUUUAAGUUCCGUGGAGCCAAGAGUUGUCAACUGGAACCUUGUAACCAAGGGUGAAAGUGACGAAGAGAAGAGGUUGAAUGCAAUAUAUAUCAUAAGUGUGGCUCGUAAAAUCGGAUGCUCCAUCUUCUUGUUGCCUGAGGACAUCAUGGAGGUAAACCAGAAGAUGAUGCUCACUUUAACGGCCAGCAUUAUGUGCUGGUGCCUCCAAAACGCACCGGAUGAGACUGAGUCUGAGGCUGGUAAUGGCUACAGUAGUGCUUAUACAUCGGACACAUCUCCGCCAGCAUCCACAAUCGGUGAAGACGAAAGUUCCUCGCUGUGUGCUGAAAUCCCAAGCUUAAACAUUGAAAGUUCCUCGCUGUGCGCUGAAAUCCCAAGCGUAAACAUUGAAAAUUCCUCGCCAGGUGCUGAAAUCCCAAGCUUAAACAUUGAAAGUUCCUCGCCGGAUGCUGAAAUCCCAAGCCUAAACAUUGAAAGCUCCUCGCCGGUGCUGAAAUCCCAAGCUUAAACAUUGAAAGCUCCUCGUCGGGUGCUGAAACCCCAAGCUUAAACAUUGGAAGUUCCUCACCGAGUGCUGAAAUCCCGGACGAUGCCGCCUCGGACAUCACGGUCUCAUCACCGCAGUUUGAGAAUGGAGAUGCUCUCGUCGAGAAUGGGCAGACCAUGUAGGAAGUGAAAGAGUAAUAAGUGUCGGAAAAUGAGUUUGUUUUCAUCGUAUUUCGGGGGAUGAUAUAUAUUCGUACUCGUGCCGAAAUAUAGGAGGUGGUAGACAUUGAUGCUAGCGAUAUGAAGAGUCGGAGUAACAUAGAUCACAGGUUGUGGAAAUGGCAUGCUUCCUACUAGUCCUUGAGAAAUUGCUUUAUUUUUUCCCUUCUUUUCGGAUGUGAACAAAUAGUUGAAGAGGAAAAUUACCAAACGCCUAACUUUCUCACACGCCUGGAACCAGUAAGUGUUGGUAUUU